UGCUGGACUGUAGACAGCGUGCCGCUUUUUGUUUUCCUCAGUCCUGACGUAAAGUGCGUACUGAACAUUUUCUAACUAAAGUUUGCUGCGUCAUGAGUAGUGGUGAAACGGUGGUUGUCACAGGUUUUGGACCUUUCAGACAGUUUCUAGUAAACCCCAGCUGGAAGGCGGCACAGGGGUUGGAGGUGGUCGGACUGGGAGAGCAUUUGAGUGUUUACAUCAAAGAGUUACCAGUUAGUUAUGAGAAGACUCAACGAAUCAUUGCUGAGAUCUGGCAGACUGUGAAACCAAAGUUUGCUAUCCAUUUAGGCAUUGCCAGAGGAUCCAGUGCUGUCAUUCUGGAGCAAACAGGGAAGAACUGCGGAUACAGGGACAAAGAUGUGUGCGGCUACUGUCCAAAGAGUUUCUGCUGUGUGGAGGGAGGAUCAGAGAAGCUGGACUCAAUUAUUAACAUGAGAGUUGUCUCCAAAGAGUUUCAACGUGCAGGGAUGGAUGUCAUUUAUUCAAGAGAUGCCGGCAGAUAUCUGUGUGAUUUUGCAUAUUACUGCUCGCUGUAUCACGGUCAGAGGAGGGCAGCCCUCAUCCACAUUCCCUCCACUGGUAGUCUGAGCUCAGCUGACAGACUGGUACCUCUGCUGCAGACCCUCAUUAAGGCCAUGCUUUGUCAGGAUCUUUUAGAAAUGGAGCAAACGGACGACAGCAGCCACAGCUUCUGUAGGUAGACCUACUAAUAAAGUUCAUUUGGAUGAGAAAGCUCAGCCACACUCAGAGUUCUCA